AGUACCUGCGCCUACUCCCUGAUGACCUGAACGCUGCAGCCAUUCCUCCCAACCAAACCAAACUCUGCUAGUCUGCUUGCUCGGUCACCGGAGAAAUCACGAGCAAAAAAAAAAAAAUGGAGGCGGAUGCGGAUCUGCGUCCCGUCGGCUUGGAUGCUGCGGAUUCUCCGAGGUGCCCGGCUGCGGGGAACGGCGGCAGCGUGGGUGGCGCGGCGGCGGCGGCGGCCAAGCUGCAGACGGUGUACCGCGGCUACCGGACCAGGCGGAAGCUCGCCGAUUCCGCCGUCGUCGUGGAGGAGCUCUGGUGGCAAGCGUUGAACUUUGCGCGGCUCAGCCAUAGCACCAUCUCCUUCUUCGAUGAACCCUGGCCUAAGACUGCAACGUCACACUGGAAUCGUGUUAGCCUGAAAGCAUCUAAGGUUGGACAAGGUCUCUCCAGAGAUAGCAAGGCUCUCAAGUUGGCUUUCCAACAUUGGAUCGAGGCUAUCGACCCACGACAUCGAUAUGGGCACAACCUGCACUUCUACUACGAACAUUGGUGCCAAAGCCAAGCCGGCCAGCCCUUCUUCUAUUGGCUUGAUGUCGGGGAUGGAAAAGAUGUAGGUCACCCCCAGUGUCCAAGAACUCUGCUCAAUAAGCAAUGCAUAAAAUAUCUCGGCCCUAAAGAGCGUGAGCUCUAUGAAUACAUCAUUAAAGAGGGAAAGGUUAUCCAUAAACAAUCUAGAGAACCACUAGAUACAAGCCAGGGUCCUGAAGGAGCUAAGUGGAUUUUUGUUAUGAGCACAGCAAGAAGACUUUAUGCUGGCAAGAAGGAGAAAGGUGUAUUUCAGCACUCAAGCUUUUUAGCUGGAGGUGCUACCAUAGCUGCUGGAAAAUUUACGGUGGAAAAUGGAGCGAUCAAGUCCAUUUUGGCCUAUAGUGGUCAUUACAAGCCAAGCACGGAGAACCUCAACAAUUUCAUGAAAUUCCUUGAAGAGAGUGGAGUCGAUCUCAAAGAAGUCAAGGCGCGCCCAUUCAGCAAAGAUGACUGCUGCGAUGAUCCAACGCCUAAUGAUACACAAAACGUUGCUCUGUAUACCAAUCCUCCACAAGUGGUUCUCCCUUCGAACACAAUAAUGGAAGGUGAUGGAAGCAAGGAUGCUCCUACAGAACAAUCCAAGCUAACAUACCAAAGAACCUUAUCAGGUGCUCUGCGCAGCCCGAAAGCCAUUGAUGUCCCGCAGAAGGCAAUUCUUGAGAGGAUAAAAUCGAAGAGCGAGUCUAAAUCUUACCAGCUUGGCCACAAGUUGUCCAUGAAAUGGAGCACUGGUGCUGGUCCUAGGAUUGGGUGCGUGAAGGAUUAUCCAGCUGAGCUCAGAACGCAAGCAAUGGAAAUGGUGGACCUGUCACCACGAGCAUCAACAACAUUGGCCUAGAGCAUGAAGUCUACGCAAGCUAUCAGGUUACUGUAUUUUCCCCCCUAUAAGAACGGCAAGAGCUUUGCCAUAGUUUUAUAAGGGAAACCAGGUCCGAAAACCAUACAACUAGAGGGUACGCGAGACAUCCCCCAACAGCUAUUGGAUACUGUAAUUUUGCAUUGACAUUACUGUCUUGUGCUGCAAAAGGUCAGACUCUUGGUUUGUUCUCAUUGCUUCCAUUACUGCUGCAGAGUUCAGCAUGUGUGGCAAGUUGUCUGAUUUACAUCGUUGUAGAAAUAGCACUCUGGUGAAGCA